AUUCCAACGUCCCUGUUUAGACAAUUGCAAGUCUUCACUAUAGCGAUAUACUUCUCCUUUUAUAGGAGUGUUGAAGCAUUUCUGUGGUAUCAUGAUACGCUGCGCGGCAAAUCGACUGCUACUUCACCAAGGUCGACUGGGUCUGCUACAGCAUUCCAAGGCAAGCACGUCCCUGUUGAGGUGGAACCAAUUACGUUGGCAACCGUCGAUGCUGCGAACACUGAGCAGUGACGCCAGUCAAAAAGGAGGAAACGAAAAGAAGAAAUCCGAGGGCGAAGAUACAACCAGUGAAAUUGUCUUGACACCGGGGCAAAAGGUAGUCGAAGCCAGUCGUCUCACCAUGUGGGGUGGGAUCGCAGUCUUUGCAGCCUGUUGCGCGUAUUAUAUUGGACGAGAGCUUUUUCCAACAAAAAUGAGUCCCAACCGAGUAUUUGACAGGAGUUUCGCAGCAAUUCGGGCCGAUUCUGAGGUCCAGCGUCGCUACGGAGAUAAUCUCAAAGCUUACGGUCGUGACCACGGCGGACACCGCGAAGGCCGACGAAACUUCAUUGAGCAUACGGAAUAUACGGAUGCGGAAGACGGCAGCAAACGCACGCGUGUUCGCUAUAACCUGGAAGGUCGUUUUGGGACAGCCUUUGUCUUUGCGGAAGUGUCGGCCAGCAUGCCGUCGGGCGAAUUUGUUUACAUUCUGGUCCAAGAUAAAUCGAAUGGACGCGUACACACGGUGGUGGACAACCGAGCAGCUUUGACUGCGGCGCGAUUGGCCUCCGGAUCGAAAGAAGCGCAAUCAGCCAUGUCGCAGUUACUUGGCGGAGGCGGGCAGAAGUAGACCAAACUCUGAUCUCGGUAAAUCUAUAACUCCGAAACCU